CGUCACCUCAGAACACGGUCUACUUUAAACUGGUGUGACAGCGCCCCCCUGUGGUCAGCACCGGCGCAUACACUCACUGCUGCCCGCCAAACAUACACACAAGUGGACACAUGACAGGCCCGCUAGGUGACGAGCGGAGCUAGUGUACUGUAGCUGUAACCAUGUUUGUAGCGCGCAGUAUCGCAGCAGACCACAAAGAUCUGAUUCACGAUGUGUCGUAUGAUUUUCACGGCCGGAGAAUGGCAACUUGCUCCAGUGACCAAAGUGUCAAGGUUUGGGACAAAAGUGAGAACGGAGAGUGGCACUGCACAGCCAGCUGGAAGACACACAGCGGAUCGGUGUGGAGAGUGACCUGGGCUCAUCCAGAAUUCGGACAGGUCCUGGCCUCCUGUUCCUUCGACAGGACGGCUGCUGUCUGGGAAGAGAUCGUAGGAGAGUCCAAUGACAAGCAGAGAGGACUGAGCCACUGGAUAAAGAGAACCACACUGGUGGACAGUAGAACCUCUGUGACUGAUGUGAAGUUUGCCCCUAAACACAUGGGCCUGAUGUUGACCACCUGCUCUGCGGACGGUGUGGUGAGGAUCUACGAGGCUCCUGAUGUGAUGAACCUGAGUCAGUGGUCUCUGCAGCACGAGAUCUCCUGUAAGCUCAGCUGCAGCUGCAUCUCCUGGAACCCCUCAAGCUCUCGUGCCCACCCACCAAUGUUUGCAGUGGGGAGUGACGACAGUAACGUAACGUAUGGUGGGAAAGUUCAGAUCUAUGAGUACAAUGAAAACACAAGGAAAUAUGCGAAAGCAGAGACACUGAUGACCGUCACUGAUGCAGUCCAUGACAUUGCAUUUGCACCAAACCUGGGAAGAUCUUUCCACGUGCUCGCCAUCGCCACAAAAGACGUCCGAAUCUUUAAGCUAGUUCCCAUGAGGAAGGAGAGCACGUCUGCAGGACCCACCAAGUUUGAGGUGCAGAUUGUGGCUCAGUUUGAUAACCAUAACUCCCAGGUGUGGCGCGUGAGCUGGAACAUCACCAGCACCCUUCUGGCCUCUUCCGGGGAUGACGGCUGCGUGCGCCUCUGGAAAGCUAACUACAUGGACAACUGGAAGUGCACAGGCAUCCUGAAGGGAGACGGCAGUCCGCUCACCGGCUCAUCAGGUCAGCCUACAGCCAUGAGCACCGUGGUGGGCUCCUCUGUUCAGACCUCCCAGAAUGCCUUGAACGGGAUGUCCGCAGGAAGGUAUUUCUUUCCACCCCUGGAUCCUCCCAGAGCGGGGACCAUGUAUGGUCACCUGCUGCCUCCAUCCUCCCUCAUAGAGCACUGUGAUGCUGAGCCCAUACAGCCUCAGCAACAGGCUCUUCCCCGCAGACACUCCUCUAGAGCACUGCUGCCCUUACCAGAAGCUGAAGGGCAGUGAUUUUUAUUUUUUAUUUUCAUUUCUAAUAAAGACCUUUUCUUUUUUAUUUUGUUUUCUACUGUUAUUAUGUGCAUCAAUGAGAUAAGGAAUUGGAAUAUGAGAUUUUGUGAAACUUUAAUUGUUUGGCCAAAAUGAGAGCCAUUGUAAUGUAUAUUUUAGUCUGUGAAUAAUGAACUAAACAGUUCCCAUAUUUAGUGAUGUAUUCUAGUGGUGUGGGUUCAUGGAAUGUCUGGAAAUGGAGAAGAAAUAUCCCUGACAACCUCAGCCAUCAGUGCCUGUAGAGGAAGUGCUUGUGAUUAUCACUCGGUGCUCAUGGAGGUUAAAAAUUGCACAGGGUGGAAGUCAGAAUAAACGGCUUAA